CAAGAUAUAUGAAAUUACUGAAUUAACCUUCAGACUUCAAAACAUUAUCAGAAAAUUAACAACUAUUGUUCCAGUUUUCAUUUCUACUUUCUCUGCAUUCUUCUAUUUAUUGCCCCAUACUAAGAUUAUUGCAUCAUUUUGGUAAAAUCAACUGCAUUUUUCUGUUUCUGUUUUUAUCGGAGGUAGAAGUUUCACACCAGCAGAAACUCCGAGCAAUCAGUGGAGAAGCGUUUCACUAGGCACCUCCCUUUGCUGUUCAAGAAAAAAAAAAAAAAGGAAAAAAUUAGGCAUAUCUCUUCCUGUUUUCAUUCUAAAGGUCAUUUGGGGAAAGCACUAGCCAUUUAAGCGAGUCCAUUGGUGGCCACUGCAACCCAACAGAGCUGCUGGUGGAUUGCACCUUUGACCAGUGAUCGAAUCUUACCAAGAGUAAGCUUUUUGGAUUUUACUCUCUUUCUUCUAAAGGAUUCGAUUCUAGAUGUUGGUUUUCUGCUUUUAUAACUAUUACAUCUUGGUUUCUACUCUACGUAUAUGUAAUGAAAAUUGAUUUUAAAUUGAUUUUGAAGGUAGCUGGCUGGAAAGUAAGUACCUGCGGGCAAUUCGGGGAGAAGCCUUAGCAAUAUUGUUAUCCUUUCUUCCGUCGCUCAAAGUCGCUUAAGCAAAGAAUUAACAACUGUUUUUCCAGUCUCAUUUCUGCUUUCCUUGCAUUCCUCUCUUCAUUGCUCCAUAUAUUCCAAGAUUAUUGCAUUAUUUGGGUAAAAUCUACUACAUUUUUGUAUCUCUCAUAAGCAAAAGUUUUACGCCAGCAGGACAGCAAUGACGUGGCAUCUCUCUAAUCUCACACGCUAUAUAAGAACCAACUGUUUUUCCAGCUUCCACUACCUUCACUGCCUUCAUUCUUCUCUCCAUUACCCCAUAUUUUCUAAGAUUGCAUCAUUUUCGAACAAAAUCUCCUCCAAUUUUUUGCAACCAUCUGCACAAGUUUCACCGGAUCCCAGGAAGUAAAAUCUACUGCAUUUUUGCAAUCCUCCGAAAACCUAGUCAAAAGUCUUUUUUUUUUUCCCCAGAUUUU